AAUUUUGGACCUUUGAAGGAUCGUAUAACAAUAUUUUGUGCAAUGAAUAAACUAAAUUGAUUUCUUUUAGAUUAUUUUUUCUAAACGAGUAAUAAACGUAAGAGAACAUCCAAAGAGAUACUAAAACCGAAAAGAAGUUUGUUUGUACACCGGCAGGAGUCGCAUAAAGGACAAUAACAAUUGCUGCUAACAAAGAAAGAAAAAAAAAAUGAUGGAAUCCGCGGUCAAAGCAGAGCGAGUGCAGAGCUCCGUGUCGGACAUGCGCAGUGGCGUCGUUCGGUGAAUUCCGUUACGCACUUUUGCUCCGUUACGAGACUCGAUCCGCAAGUGGCCAGUGGUAAAAGGAAAGGCAAAAAGUGACGCUGGACUUGAAGAAGCGGGAGAGAUAGUGUUUUAAACGUCGCGGCACAUCCCCCUCUCCGAUUCUCCAAGACGCACGACGGUGAAACGCGUCGUUCGAUCGUGCCUGUAGUGUGACGUGCGUACGCGAUGUUGAAUGAGUGACGUAAUCUAAAUACAAAUAUUACCUAUCAACGAAUCGGUUGAUUACAGUACGACCCUGCAAGAAAAACGGCAGUACGUUCUACCGUUCACGAGAUACACAUGUACACAAACAAAGUUUCUUUCGGCUGCUUCCGUUUUCGUGUUUUCGUUUGUCGUAAUCUAACACGCCGUGCACCAGCCACCGAGUAUAUUGUGCUAACGUAUCCUUGUAAGCGGUAAGAGUCGUUCGCGUCAGAGGAUUUGUGGUCUUUGUGCAGAAGAAACUGUGCCCUGUGCUUCGUCACUUGGACUUUUCACGAAGUUCGUAAAGCAUGGCGGAAGAGGAUUGCAACGACGCCGAUUAUCUCGGUGCUUACAGCCGUUUUUUCACCGAAUUCAUUGCCAGGGUGAAUCCGUACGAUCAGCUGCCCGUUCCCGUAAGUUCGUACAACGUGACGGACGAUGAGCUUAUCGGCGAGAUCAUCAACGUAACUCUGCAGUAUAUCAAUCAAACGCCAUGUCCAUCAAGCCUACAAGCACACUUGGUUCAUCAAGUAAUACAGGAAAUCUUGUCCAUGUGCAAAAAGCAACCAGAAGAUUACGGAUAUAAACCGCAAGAAAACACAUACACUUCAUUGAAAUUAAUGCAAGCCGUUACUGGUAAAGUUAAUGAAAUAUGUACUCGCUACCUGGACAAUAGUAGAUUGGCAUUACUACCAUCUCCUCCUUCAACACCAUUGCCUCAAGUAAUAGCAGGUGGAAAUAAAAAUUGCAGAAGGAGAAUGGAGGAUCGUUACGUGGUCAUACAUGAUUUACACACUAUGUUUGGUAUCGAGGACGAUUCCGUAGCAAAUUACUACGCAGUAUUCGAUGGACACGGAGGACAAGAUGCAGCUGUAUAUUCUGCUACUCAUCUUCAUCAGUAUUUAGCAGAAAGCAUAUAUUAUCCUACAGAUCCAGAGCGUGCCUUACGCGAAGCUUUUAUCGAGACAGACACACAGUUUAUAGAAAAGUCUAAGACACAAAAAAUAUGUGGUGGUACAACCGCAGUUUGCACCUUAUUGUUAAACAAGAAGUUAUAUGUUGCCUGGGUAGGAGAUUCGUCAGCCAUGCUAAUAAAACGUGACAGUGUCGUUCAAUUAGUGAAUCCACAUCGACUUCAGCGUAAAGAUGAAGUACGAAGAAUACAAAAAAUGGGAGGAGUGGUGAUGGAAAGUAUGGGAAUCAUGCGAGUUAAUGGAGUCUUAAGUGUUUCAAGAGCUAUAGGCGACGUUCGAUACAAACCAUUCGUAACGGGCGAACCAGAAGUUAAAUGCGUCCAUUUGGAUGGCACCGAGGAUUUCUUAGUGGUGGCCACCGACGGAUUGACGGACUACCUGAAUUCUUCGGAAGUGUUGACUGUUCUCUAUCACGAAAUACAACGAGAUCCAAGCGGAUUAAAACGUGCUCAUCGGAUCCUGUUGCGGUGGGCGAAGCGCGAAGGCUCCAAGGACAACAUCACCUUGGUUGUGGUCCUGUUAACUCCAGCCAGCGAGAUCGCAGCCAGGCCGCCAAACGCCCAUCCGUUCCGUUGCAUGAAAACGAAUGAUAUACUCGAGAACAUGAAUUCCAAAGACAAACCGCUGUUCCUGGACAUGGACGACGCGCAUAACGCGAUCAACUCGAACAUCCUCAAGCAAACCAUGCUGUCGCAAGAGACGCGGGACCGCGACGACGGCAUCCUUGCGGCCAGCAAUGGCAAACACGAAAACGGGGAUGCAGACUACGAUUACUCGGAUCUGGGACCAGAGACGGACGUCGACGCGGUCGACGACGUCAGCGUGCCCGUAGAAAAUGACUCGAACCACGAAAAGGACUCCAAUCUCCUAGACAACUUGCGCAUCGAACAGCCAGAGAUUAACGCAAAACGUCAGCUAGACGCCGAGAAUAACUUGCGCGAAGAUGAAGACGAAGAUCGCGAUGACGAUGACAAGGUUCUCGAUAAGUAUCCGGCAUCUGAAUCGGUCCUGGAGGCAGCUCCCCGACGAAUUUCAACGAACCAUCCCAGCGCGGUUUUUAAACUCGGUGAAAAUUACGAGGACUAUUACGGGAUGGAGCGUUUCGUGGACUACGAUGACUUUCCGCCGUCGUCGGAUGCUAACAGACCUCUUCAGCCCGCACUGGUCCCUGGAGCAGAUAAUGUAGCGGACAGCGAGGAUUCGGAAGACGAGUGGAACUACUAUCCAAACAAAGAAAAGGAUCCCGUUGACGAGCCGCAGGAAGUGAAAACCGAGGGAGAAAUCGAAAGUCCAGAGCUUCCCAUCGAAGACAACGAGUUGAAAAUCCAGUCUGAAGACAUAGGAGAGGGUAUUAAAUGCGAAACACCGAAGGAGGAACAGUCUCAGCUUAUUAACACAGAGAUUAGCGCAGAGAGCGGAGCGGUGGAAUCAGAUCAAGAGGAGAAACUUUUCGCAAAAGAGCAAGAGGAAUCAAAAAACAUGGAUUUUCCACUAAACCCGGAUGCGGCUGAAUUCGUUCCGGUUUCGCCUCAGUUCAGAGGGCCGAGGAUGAAUCUAUCGAAUGAUUAUCCUAUCUCUGGUUCUCCUUUGAAACAAGUUCCUCAAAUGGACGAUAUCCAAGUGCCGAGCCAGAGCGAAUUCGAGGAGGAGGUAUGCCAACGACCAAGAGAAGUUGAACCCGAAGAAAGAGAAUAUCAAAAUGGCGUGAACUCGCAACCUACCGAUGACGCAGACUUUAUAAACGAUCGACCAAAGGUGCAUGGUUUUGGUGCGAACCUGGACGAUUCCGAGAUCUCGUCGAUGAAAGCAGAGUUUGGCGACGAAUCAUCCACUAGCUUCCUAACAGCCACCGAUUUCCAUAGAACCGGCGUCUCUACAGUAGACGAGUCAUUCUCGAGUUCCGAACGCGACUACGACAUAGCCAAAGAUCCUAUGGCCAUGUCCUUUACGCCCAGCGACUUCGAGGCGGCGUUCGACAAGGCUGUUGAUUUGAAUGCCGUUCACAAUCUCAGCAACACAGACUUGGACGACAAAAACGGCAUGAUCGAAGAGGAAGGAUUCACGGCACAGUCACCGGAACCGCAUCCCGAGCUGACAACCCUGGCUUCCCCCGAAGCUGAACAACCAACGCACACGCCAGCCUUUCCUGGAGAGUCCGCGGAACUCGUGAACCUGUCCUCGCAACAAGAGGACAGCGAAGCCACUUUCAUCGAGCACACGGACGAAACAAAGGCUAAUGUCGACUUCUUGAACCUGCAGUCGGAGUCUUCCCAGUUGGACCAACAGGAAACUGCGAGAUCCGACCAUUCUCCUUUGACAGAGAAUUAUUCUGCAGAGUUCGAGUCAGAAAAGGAAGCCGUUUCCAUCGAUAACGAACCAAUCUUAACACCUUCCAGCAUCGAAAUCGACGAAACGAAGCCUAUGGACGAAACUAGCGAGGACGCAGUUCCUCUAGAAGCCUGUUCUCGGCAAGAAGUUAGCGUAAAGGAAGCUGAUACGCCUGCGUCGAUAUCGCCAGUUCCGGAGGCAAUGGAAACCGAUGUUUUGGCACCCGCGGAGAAUACAGAGGUGUCUUCCCAGCUUCUGUCUGCAUUGGACGCUGAUGCUCCGAAAUUUACACCUGGACAUUACACUUUUUCUCCCACAGAAUCGAACGACGUUUGUAAACCCUCCCUCGCAAAAACAAACGAUGUUUGCGAGCCUCCUCACAUAGAAACAAGCAACAUUUGUGAAUCUUCUCCCCUAGAAACAGGCAACAUUUGCGAGUCUUCUCCCCUAGAAACAAGCAACAUUAUUUGCGAGUCUUCUCCCGUAGAAACAAGCGAAAUUUCCAAACCUACUAACACAGAAAUUAGCAACGUUUGCGAAUCUUCUUCCGUACAAGCGAGCGACGUUUGUCAAUCGUAUCUCGUAGACUCAAGUAACGACUUCCAACCAUCUUUCGUAGAAACAAGCAAAGUUGAUCAAUCUCCGCUCAUAGAAGAAAGCAACGUCGAUCAGUCUCCAUUCGUAGAAACAACCAACAUUUACCAAUCCUCUCUCGUAGAUACGUACAAUGAUGAAGUUUGUGAAUUCUCUUCUAUAAAAUCCAGCAACGUUUGCGAGCCCGUUUCACACAAUUUGGUAUUUGGCAUGCAGCCUCCUGAAGAAAAAGCCGUCGAAUCAAUACCCACGCAAUCGGGACAAGACAAUUUGUUGGACUUCGCCGAAGAAGAGGAAGUUUGCGUAAAAAAAGUCGUCGAGGUUGAAUCGACGCCGCCUCCUUCCCCACAGAAUUCCGAAGAAAAAGUUUCACAGAAUGUCGACGACAUGAUUUGUUCCAUUAAGUCGGCCCUCGAACAAAAAGUCGACGAUGUCGUCGAAUCGAAAGAGGAGGCUCCAGUUGAUGCGGACAUCUUCGAAUUUAAGACACAUGUAACAGAAGAGCCGAUGAAAGCAGACGUUUUGAAUUUGUCCGAGUCCAUGGCGGAAUUAAGACUUUCCAGUUUGAAAAGUGAGUUGCUAACGAAAUCGGAGGAUACUCUGGUAUCUAGCUUCGACCAACAAUUACAAGAAGAAGUUCCACAAAAAGAGGAAUUAAUUGCCGCUAGAGAACCAGAACAGCCCUCUGCACCUGAGGCCGAAGAAUAUAAAAUAGAAGCGGAGACAAAGGUCGAAGAAGUUUCUUCAGCGAUCAAAGAACCUCCAGUGGAGAAGGCCGCCGAGGUUUCAGGGAACAAAGUCGCGAAAGCGGCCGCAGUGACUGCAGUAGCUGCAGGCGUCGUCGCGGGUGCAGUCGUAGCGCAGAGCAAAACGAAAACCAAGCCUAUCGCCGCGAAACCGUCGAAAACCACGGCUACCAAGACCGCGCAGAAAUCAACGCCAACGUCUCCCUCGAAAACUAUCACUGCCACGACGAGAACGUCCACCGCGGCAGCGAAAAAGCCAACGACGACUCGUCCAAAGGACCUCGACGCUGCGAAAAAGACAACAGUCUCUAGCACAACGUCCAGCAAAGUGCCAGCUACCAAGCCUGCUCCGAAAACGACCAGCGCAACCUCGGUAACGAAGUCCGCAACCAGGCCGAAUACUGGUAGUGUCGCCGCAAAAGCAAAACCCACCUCGACCACUGCAAAAACAACUGUUAGCGACAAAAAACCCACAGCAAACGGUGAUAUAAAGUCUCUGAAUAAAGUUGACACUGCCACGGCGAAACCUCCUAUCAGUAAGACAACAUCAGUUCCGAAGGCAGCUUCAGCGAAAACCACGACCGCGCGAAUGUUGACAGCAACGACGACAACGACAUCAACAAAGACGAGACCUGCAUCAGCCGUCGCCGCCACUAAAUCCGCCACCACGACCACAAAAACCAGUAUGUCUGCAACCACAACGUCCACGCUCAGCUCGAGACCCAAGUCGACUUCGACCGCUGGAAAAGUAACAAAAUCUCGCGUGUUGACGCCCAAGUCCUCCCCGAUCAUCGACAAGCAAGUCAAGGAAACUGCGAAUAAACAGAUUUCCAUGGCUCGAUCCAGCACAGUCACCAAGACGACUCGUGUGUCGACUAGCAAUACGACUACAACCACGGCAAAACGUGCAUCGAUGACGGCGAAGACCACCUCGACGGCAUCGCCGAUCAAAAAGCUUACUGCGACGUCGAAGAUUUCAAACAGAACCUCGACCCCUGGAAAAACGACGACUCAGAAGGAGAAGGUUGUGCAGAACGGUGUUUCCGAGAAAGUGGAGAUGAACGCGAUCAUCGACGACGUACCGAAGAAGGACUUGUCACCCGUGGUCACGCCUAACGAUAAUCAACUGAUCAUGAGCUCCGAUUGAAUUAACUCUGUACGUCGAUCAAUACGUCACGCAUCCGAAAAUGUGUUGUUCUUUCUUCGCGAGGAAGAAUUUGGAUCAUCCGCUAAAGUAGUUUAUUAGGGAAUAUAUAACGAAUCGGAAGGAGUUUUUACUAAUAACUAGCGUAAAAUAUAAAAGAUAAUAUAUUAAUGUGUAUAUGUACCGAUGAAGUAAUGAGUCCGUUUUAUCUAUACUGGCGAAGAGAGAAAGAGCGACUGAGAGAAAGAGAGCAUAUACCCUAAAAACGAAAAGAAAGAAAAAAUACAUGCUUCUUGAUUGCUUCGGUCGUGUUGGGGGAAACAGGUGUCUCGCUGGAAAAAGGGGAAUAACGAAGAUAGAAGAGGAAGAGAUACAAUGCUAAAAGGGAUAUCGGUUGAAUUUGUAAAUAAGUCAAACGCGUUUCGAACUGGUCUCUGAGAUUACCAGAAGAUUUUAUGUCCACGUGGUGCUGUAACCGGCCUGUAAGAAAACGAAACACACACGCGUACGAGCGCACCAGGCCCGCUAUGAAGUCGCCGAGAUGAAAAUUGGAGAACCGGAGGAAGCGUUACGGCGUCCCGGCUUGACCGCACGAGAGGCGGUUCUUAACAUAUUCUUAACAUAAAUCACGAAACUGGACGGUCUUUUUAUACUUUUUAAUUUUAUAUGUGCAUUAUACUUGAUAAAUGAUUAAUCGUCGUACUUUUUAUGGAGAAGAACUUAUCUAACACGUACACACACGCAUAAACAUAUCUACACAGCCACGCAUACACAUACGUCACACAUACACAUACACACGUAAACAACAGGUACCAUAUAUUUAUUUUGUUUUGUUUGUUCCUAUUCCGAAGUUGAGUAUACUGCGAGAGAAUAUAAUACACUCGUCAUUCAUUAAUACCAUUCUUAUGUAUUCUCUAUCCAUUUAUGUACAGCACUUUUAUGAGUUAAUGUGAUACAUAUUAUUAAAUAAAUUCGAACAAAUACGAAACGAAGGAAGAAUUUGUAUGUAUACGCGAGAAUCGUCGAUUCGGAUACCAUACAUGGAAAGAAUAUUGUACGAUGUAAGAGAGAGAGAAAAUAUGUUCUUACGAUCAGAGCUUUGAAAAUGACAAAAAAAAAUGAUAGAAGAAAUUGUUUUCCAAUUUUAAAGAUGUUACCGAUUAUACGCUACAUCAAUUGUUUGAAUCUUACUGCCACGAAACGAUACGAAUAAAGAAGUAAAAAAUGUUUUAAACAAUUUAUAAUAGAACCAAGAAGUAUUUAACUGUGAAUGAAUUUCACUGCGCUACUUUUAGAUUUCAUUCUUCAUUUUGUGCUUUUUCUCUUUAUCCGUAGAAACUGCAAUACUUGUUUGUUUUUAUUUCGUAAUGUUUUGAAAUAUCCUGCUUUAUGUAUAGGCGUAUGCACAUACAAUUACACGUCUUUAAAAGCAUUUGACAGGAAAUCUAAUUUUAAAUAGCUUAAGCGAAAGUACAGGCGAUUCAAAAACCUUGGCUUGAGAUCUUCAAAAUUUGUUUUAAAAAAUCGAUUAUGCACUUAUUGCGUUAAUAUUGAUUUUAACCUUGAAAAAUAUAACGUUAAGUAAAUAUGUUUCGGCUCAUUGUAUUCAAUUUUUAAACAAUAAAGUCGAAGUGUUUUUUUUUU